AUGCGCCACAUUCGACUACUUUCGACACUAGACGGAGUGGUGCUACUUUCAUGCUGGGGUCUCCUGCUGGGGAUCCUGUUUGGGCCGAAUGUCGCGUCCCAGGAAGAAACCGGUGGCAUCCAGCCAAUUGAGCCGGAAGGGAACGAAACGACCGAGUACUACCAGCUGGAGCUGGACAACAGCGCCGAGGUUAAGGCACAGCUGCAGCUGCUGCGUGAAAAACUCGCCGGCAAAACGCUCCGGGUGGCCACGCUUCAGGAUUGGCCACUUAGCUACACGGCCAAGAUCAACGGAACGAUCGUUGGCGGUGGCGUGGCCUUCGAUUUGCUCGAGUUUCUGAUGGAAAAGUUCAACUUCACCUACGAGCUGGUCAUGCCGCAGCAGAACAUCGUCGGCUCGUCGAACGAUAUGGCCGGCAGCGUUCUGGAGCUACUGGCGAACGGCACCGCCGACCUGGCCGUGGCGUUCCUGCCGAUCCUGGCCGACGCCCAGCAGUACAUCACCUUCUCGACCGGGCUGGACGAGGGCGAGUGGAUUAUGAUCAUGGUGCGCCCGAUGGAGUCGGCCAGCGGUUCCGGACUGUUGGCCCCCUUCAACCGGGACGUCUGGAUACUGAUCCUGGUGUCGCUGCUCGCCGUCGGGCCAUUCAUCUACGGUCUGCUGAUUCUGCGCCACCGACUGACGAAGGACAGCGAGCAGGUGCUGUACAGCUUGCCCCACUGUGUCUGGUUCGUCUACGGUGCGCUUAUGAAACAGGGAAGCACCCUAUCGCCGACGGGAGAUUCCACCCGUAUCCUGUUCGCCAGCUGGUGGAUUUUCAUUACGAUCUUAACCUCCUUCUACACGGCCAAUCUGACCGCCUUCCUGACGCUCUCGAAGUUCACGCUGCCCAUCAACAACGCCGAGGACGUGCGGCGCAAGGAGAAACAGUUCGUCACCAUCCGUGGCGGUGCGGUCGAGUAUGCAAUCAAAAAUCAUGACGAAACGCUGAACGCGCUCAAUGUGCUGGUCGACAAGCGGCUGGUGGACUUUACGACUAACGUCAACGAUAGCGCCACGCUCGCGGAACGGGUCGCGAAGCAGAACUACGUGUUUGUGCGCGAUCGUCCCGCCAUCGAUCACAUGAUCUACGCGGACUAUCUGGUGCGACGCAAAAUCAACCCGAUCAACGAGCGAGUCCACUGUCCGUACGCGACCGCCACGACUCCGUUCCUGAAGCGCAACCGUGCCUUUGGCUACCCACUGACCACCGAGUGGAAUCGGCUCUUUGACCCGGAAUUGUUGAAAAUGGUCGAGGGCGGCAUCAUCAAGUACAAAAUGCUCGAUCGGCUACCGAAGGCCGAGAUCUGUCCCCAGAAUCUGGGCGGCACGGAGCGGCAGCUGAAAAACCGGGACCUGGUCAUGACGUACUUCGUGAUGGUAACGGGCUUCGUCACGGCGAUCGUCGUCUUCGUGAGCGAGCUCGGUUUCCGGUUCCUCAACCAACGCAAGCUGAACGAACAGAUGGUGCUGCUCCAGCGGCACCCGAACUUGGCCAGCAAACCGAACGGCGGCACCGAACGCAUCUCGUACCUUGGCAAACGGUUCGGGACCACCGGCGAUUCACCGCCACCGCCGUACGCCGAAAUCUUCAGCCGCCACCAGCUCGGAGUGCUCGGUAGCGAGCGGACGGGCAAGCUGUUCGACGCCGGGUUGGACCAAGGCACCGCCAACCGGCAGAUGAUUAACGGGCGCGACUAUAUGGUCGUGCGGGAGAAGAACGGGCUCGGGUCGCGGCUCAUCCCUAUGCGGGCACCGUCGGCCGCCAUUUUUCAUUACAGCUAUGCCAACUGA